AAAUGAUACAUGGUAUGAGGACCAUGGUCUUGCAUGUGUAUUUUUGUACAGUCAUUUUUUAAGUCGAGAAGACUAACAAGCAGGUUAAACGCGUUCAUGUGACGCACAGGUUCUUCCUCUGCUGUCAUCUUAAAGCCCCACGACAUCGGAGCAUCUCACAGCUCCUCUGGUCUCUGACCUGCACGAAACACUGCAGCAUGUGAAGGGACGGGCUUCAAAGGAAGCAACCUGAUUCGCUGUCGUCUCCGGACAAUAAAACCCGGUACACAGCUUAUGACUGUCCUCUGUUCGUGUCACUGCCUGUACAUCCGGGCAGCAGCAGUCUGUGCUCGAUUGGUUUCGUCUGAAGAAACUAUGGCAGACCGAGAGGAUAAUGUUACAAUUCCUGAGUUCAGCUCGCUGCUUCAAAUGGAUCCCUAUCUCAAGCCGUACGAAAAGGACUUCAGGAGGAGGUAUGAGCUGCUACAGAAGCAGCUUUUCCAGCUGGAAGAGGCAGAGGGAGGCUUUGACCUGUUCACACGCAGUUACAGGACCUUCGGUAUACAGCGACUGCCUGACAACAGCCUGUCCCUUAAAGAGUGGGCUCCAGCUGCAGAGGCUCUCUUCCUCACUGGUGACUUCAAUGGCUGGGACAAAUUCUCCCAUCCCUACACCAAGAAAGAAUUUGGCAAGUGGGAACUGAUUCUGCCGCCCAAGCAUGACAAGUCUCCAGCUGUGGAGCAUAACUCCAAACUUAAGGUGGUAGUUCACACCAAAGAAGGUCGGCGGCUGUACCGGAUCUCACCCUGGGCUAAAUAUAUGACCCAGGAAAAGAAUGCUGUCAUCUACGACUGGGUUCACUGGGAUCCCCCUCAGCCCUACAUUCAAAUCCACCCUCGGCCAAAGAAACCCACGAGCCUGAGAAUAUACGAAGCCCACGUGGGCAUCGCUUCACCAGAAGAAAAGGUUGCCUCAUAUACCAACUUCACAAUGAACGUGUUACCUCGUAUAAAAGACCUGGGUUACAACUGUAUUCAGCUGAUGGCUAUCAUGGAGCAUGCCUACUAUGCAAGCUUUGGAUAUCAGAUUACAGGUUUCUUUGCUGCUUCCAGUCGAUAUGGUACCCCAGAUGAGCUGAAGCAGCUGAUUGAUGUGGCUCAUUCCAUGGGCAUCGCGGUGUUGCUGGAUGUCGUUCACAGCCAUGCCUCCAAGAACACAGAAGACGGUCUGAAUGGUUUUGAUGGCUCUGACUCAUGUUUCUUCCACUCGCCGCCCAGAGGGGAGCACAGCCUCUGGGACAGUCGCCUCUUCGACUACUCCAGCUGGGAAGUACUGCGGUUCUUGUUGUCAAACCUGCGCUGGUGGAUGGAGGAGUACCACUUUGACGGCUUCAGGUUUGAUGGCAUUACCUCUAUGCUGUACCAUCACCAUGGCAUUGGCACAGGCUUCUCUGGGGACUACAGCGAGUACUUUGGCCUACAGGUGGAUGAAGACUCUUUGGUUUACCUGAUGCUUGCCAAUCAAAUACUUCAUAGCCUUUAUCCUGACUGCAUCACUAUUGCAGAGGAUGUGUCAGGGAUGCCUGCUCUCUGCAGAAAAGUGGAGGAGGGAGGACUUGGUUUUGAUUACCGCCUGGCUAUGGCCAUUCCUGACAAGUGGAUACAGAUCCUGAAGGAGGUAAAGGAUGAGGAAUGGAACAUGGGCAAUAUUGUCUACACGCUGACCAACAGGCGCUAUGGAGAGAAAUGCAUAGCCUAUGCAGAAAGUCAUGAUCAGGCUCUGGUUGGGGAUAAGACUCUGGCCUUCUGGUUAAUGGACAAAGAGAUGUACACCAACAUGAGCUCCAUGAUUCCCAUGACAGCCGUCAUCGACCGCGGCAUGCAGCUGCAUAAGAUGAUCCGCCUGCUAACUCACGGUCUGGGUGGUGAAGGCUACCUCAACUUCAUGGGGAAUGAGUUUGGCCAUCCUGAGUGGCUGGAUUUCCCCAGACAGGGGAACAAUCAGAGUUACCGAUAUGCCCGGCGGCAGUUUAACCUAGUGGAUAUGGAUGACCUUCGCUACCGUCAGCUCUAUGCCUUUGACCGUGACAUGAACCGUACCGAAGACAAGUACGGCUGGCUGGCUGCCCCACCUGCCUUUGUCAGCACGAGGCAUGAAGAGGACAAGGUCAUAGUGUUUGACAGGGCAAAUGUGCUCUUUAUCUUCAACUUCCACCACAGUAAGAGCUUCAAGGACUAUAGGGUGGCUGUAGAACUUCCAGGAAAACACAAAAUCAAGCUGGAUUCAGAUAUGGUUCAGUAUGGAGGUCAUGGACGGCUGGACCACAACACAGAGUUCUUCACUGAGCCCCAGCCCUUCCAGGGUCGCUCCAACUCCAUGCAGGUCUACAUCCCCUGCAGAACAGCUAUUGUCCUGGCCAACGAGGAGAUAGAUUACUGUUAUUAGAGGAUGAUUGUCUCCACCGAGACCAGGAUCGAAAAUGGAUUCCAACCUCAAACUGAGUGUUAACAAUCACCUUCAUCUUAAAGUGGCAACCUUGCACACCAUCCGAACCCACUUUUUGUGUUUGUCUUUGUCUAAAUAGAAAAAAAAAGCAUUGUGAGCUUCUGUGCUUUCAAACACCAUCUGCAGCCUUAGAUGCUGUGCAACCCCAUUUACUAGAGAUUGGUCCAUUUGGGAAGCGUCCAACAUAACCAGCAGCUAGAUGCUAAAACUCAAAACCCUGCCGAGUCCAUAGACCGCUAGCCAGCAGCCAUUUAUAGGCUCUGUUGAAUCUGGCAUGUCAUUUGAAACGCACGACUGUGGCAGAGGGACGCAAUUCAGCAAGCAUUCAUUUACUCAAACUCAAUAGAUCAGAGAAAUAAGAAUAUUUUAUUUAGAUUGUGUUUGUUGAUAGUGGUUGUUUAAUGAUUUUGCAUUUCAAUACAAAUAAUAUAAUAGUGUCAUAGGCACAGAGACAGAAUUAGCAGUACUUGAAGAUCAGAACGGCCAGGUAUUUAAUCACUGAUAAUCCAUCUUUGUUAAUUUGCACUGUGGGAAAAUUUACAUAUAAAAAUAUUGUAAUUUGCACAAAGUAAUAAGCUGCUGUGAGUUAUUAUACUUUUAAUGGCUAUCUAAGUUGUGUUGUAAUGUUUGAAUUUAUGCAGCUGCCGGGAGCAUUUACAUGGUUAUUUAUGGCCCAGUUAUUAAGCCAGUAAUUUGCAGCUAAGGCAAAGUGAUAAAAUCACCUAAUUUGGAUUGUUCAGUGUGUUGCAUAAUACACAAGUAACAUUUUAUCUGAAUAACAGUUUGUCCACUUUUUUAUUGCGUAGGUGUCUCCUGUAGUUUAUUACAUUUUUGUCAUGAAUUUCACUAAAGUUUUCAAACUGCUAAAACUGUUCUACUAAAUUAAAUUGACAGUGAUAAUCAGCACAUUGUUUUAUGUGGGAAAAGACAUUUUACAGAUGUGGCUUACAUCUGACUAUAAGACACUGUGAUUUACAAUGUGUGCGCCAUGUUGGUUAGAUACACGUUCUCCUGGGGAUAUUCCAGAAAAACACAAACAGCCCAAAUUCACACACAAAAUGUCAUGUGCAUUUUCAAAUUGGCUCUGUGACUUUUGUGUCGCAACACACUCGAUGUCUGAACAUCUCAAAGAGCAGCUGCUCACCCUGUGCUCCCAUAGCUGUUACGUGAGAAGGUUUAGUGACUGACCAAAAUAUGUACAUACCAAGGAACAUCACUGGCGGUAGGUGACGGUUUUUCAGAAUAAUGGUCUUUUAUAUGACAGGUUUCAUCUUUUGAGGUUAUGUUUUCGAAAUGACUGUGAUGAUUUAUCUGUUUCCAGCCUUUAUGUUCUCUUGGUUUCCUCCUUUCUUCUAAAAGUCUCUUGUUGCCAUAUGAAUGGAUGUCUGUUGGACAGUUUUCAGUGUUCACCACACGUUUUAUCAAAGCAAUAUUGUGUUAAGUAAAACAAGAGCCGAUUUUGGACAUCCCUGAUAAAAGCUAAUGCCUUGAUGUACUGCCAUGGAUGCUGUUAUUCUGUGAUCCACACCUACUGCAUUAGUUCAGAUUCUCCGUCAUUUAAGCCGUGUAUUGUAGCAUAUGGCAGGUUUUGAUGUGCCUCCCCUGCAGCUGAAGUAAACACAUUCAUAUUCAGGACCAUCCUUCUGCAUUUAGCCAAAAGUAGCGUGAACGUGUCAUUUCUUUUUGUGCAACACCAAAGCAUUCAAAAAUGACUUUCUCCACCUCUCAAAAA